GCCGUUCUUUCUGAAGAACCCUAUAAGAAAAGUUGAAUAGUCUGUGAUGUGAUUCAUUAAAAUAAUAACAUAAUCAACUUUUGUAUAGAUAUGGAGCAGAGUUUGAAAAGUAGUGGAGAAAUUUAGAGGUAACUCUAAUCCAAGAAGCAAUGAAUGGAAAGCUUAAAGGCUAUGGUUUUGUGGUCUCUUCUGUUGCAUUUCAUACCAGGUUUGAGCAGCCUUGAAACCAUUGCUCCAGGCCAAUCAGUGAAGGAUAAUGAGACUCUGGUUUCAGCAGAAGGGACUUUUGAAGCAGGGUUCUUCAACUUUGGGGAUCAAAGUAGCCAAUAUUUUGGUAUAUGGUACAAGGAUAUUUCUCCAAGAACAGUUGUGUGGAUAGCAAAUAGAGAUACCCCAGUUCAAAACUCCUCAGGAGUUUUCAAUGUAACUCAUGUGGGAAAUCUUUUCAUUUUUAAUGGUUCAGGGGCCAUAAUCUGGUCUUCCAAUACAUCAACAGCUGCAAACAAUCCUGUUGUGCAGCUUUUGGAGACUGGAAAUCUUGUUGUGAGAGAAGAAAGCAAUCUUCUAUGGCAGAGUUUUGAUCUUCCUGGGGACACUUUGUUGCCAGGGAUGAGACUUCGAAGUAGCAUGGUAAAUGGUAGUUUUACAUCUCUGACAUCUUGGAGAGACACAGAAGAUCCUGGUAGAGGUGUGUAUUCAUAUCACAUAGAUACUCGUGGUUUUCCUCAAGUUGUGAUUACCAAGGGAGGGUCAUUGUUGUAUAGACCAGGUUCAUGGAAUGGCAAUAUUUUAUCUGGGAUUGCUUCUGCAACAUUGUACAAAAACUUUAAUUUCUCUUUUGUUAUAACUGAGAAGGAAGUGUCUUAUGGAUAUGAACUACUGAACAAGUCAAUUGUUUCGAGGUACAUGAUCACGUUAACAGGUCAAAUACAACGUUUUGUUUUGUCUGAUUUGACAAAUAGUUGGCAGCUUUUCUACUCAGGCCCUGCAGACCAGUGUGAUAACUAUGCCGUUUGUGGAGUGAAUGCUAAUUGUGAUGUAAAUAGCUCUCCAACGUGUGAGUGCCUUCAGGGUUUCAUUCCCAGAUCCGAAGAAAAAUGGAAUGCACAAAACUGGUCAGAUGGGUGUGUUAGGAGAGUUAAUUUAGAUUGUGGCCACAGUGAUGGCUUUCUGAUGUAUCAGGGAAUGAAGUUGCCGGACACAUCAACCUCAUGGUUUGACAGAAGCAUGAACCUUGAGGAAUGUAAGAAUUUCUGUCUGCAAAACUGCUCCUGCACAGCAUAUGCAAAUUUAGAUAUCAGAAAUGGUGGAAGUGGAUGCUUGCUUUGGUUUAAUAACAUGGUGGAUUUGAGAAAACUAACCACUGGAGGACAAGAUCUUUUCAUAAGAGUGGCAGCUUCAGAUCUAGGUCAUGAAAAAGGCUUACGCAAGAAGCAGCUUGCAGGAAUUGUUGCAGGUUGUGCAGUGUUUAUUGUGGUCUUGAUAUUAUUGGGAGUGACCAUGCUUCGGAGAAAAAAGCUUGAGAAGCCAGGAAACAACAAAAUAGUUAGCUGGAAGAAUCACACUGUUAAGACACAGAAGGAAGACAUUGACAUUCCAAUAUUUAAUUUUUCAACCAUAGCUAAUGCAACUAAUGACUUUUGCAUUACUAACAUAUUGGGAGAAGGUGGAUUUGGACCAGUUUACAAGGGUACUUUGGCAAAUGGCCAAGACAUAGCUGUGAAGCGGCUUUGCAAUAAUUCAGGACAAGGACCAAAAGAGUUCAUAAACGAAGUUGUGCUAAUUGCUAAUCUUCAGCACCGGAACCUUGUGAAGCUUCUUGGGUGUUGCAUUCAAGAUGAUGAGAGGAUAUUGAUAUAUGAAUUCAUGACUAACAAAAGCUUGAACUACUUUAUUUUUGAUGAAUCUAGAAAAGGGUUGCUAGAUUGGUCUCAGCGCUUUCAAAUUAUUCGUGGAAUUGCAAGAGGGCUUCUCUAUCUUCAUGAAGAUUCUAGAUUAAGAAUUAUCCACAGAGAUCUCAAGACCAGCAAUAUUCUUCUAGAUGAAAACAUGAAUCCAAAAAUAUCAGACUUUGGGCUGGCUACAGCAUUUGGAGGAGAUGAAGUUGAAGGCCAAACAAAGAGAAUAGUGGGAACUUAUGGUUAUAUUUCUCCAGAAUAUGCAGCCCGUGGGAAUUUCUCAGUGAAAUCUGAUGUCUACAGUUUUGGUGUUAUAUUACUAGAGAUUGUUUGUGGAAAAAAGAAUAGAGAAUAUUUUGACGAUCAUGAUCAUGACCUUCUUGGACAUGCAUGGAGACUUUGGUGUGAAGAAAAACCAAUGGAGUUGAUAGAUGAAUCACUAGGCGAAUCAGUAGCUCUAGCUGAAGCUGAUGUAUUGAGAUGUAUUCACAUUGGGCUUCUAUGUGUACAAGACAGAGCAGAGGAUAGACCAGAAAUGUCAUUAAUAGUUCUUAUGCUGAAUGGUGAGAAACCAUUGCCUAGGCCAAGGGAACCUGCUUUUUAUCCCCAUCAAUCUGGCUCUUCAUCAGGAAAUAGUAAACUUCAAUCAAACAAUGAGAUUUCUAUGUCAUUGUUGGAGGCAAGAUAG